AUGCGCGCUCACUUUAAGAAAGCCAUUCGCUGUGAUAGCCUCAUCAGAACUAUCACUGGGAAAGAUGGAAUGCCCAAGGAAUGGGAUAAGUUAAUGGAAGCUGCGAAAAUAGUUGCACAAACUGAAGAGUCAUUAGCCGGUAACAAGAACUCUUACACUGAAGAUAGGUUUUCCAAAGGAAGCUUGCGCGAUAACAACAGGCGCAACAAAGGCAAAAACCCUGGAUGGAAAGCCAACCAUUCCAGCGGUCAUGACGAACGACCUCGAUACAGAGAGGACGCGCAAGACACAAUUGAUCGCAUUGGUUAUCGAAAGGCAGUCAGGAACAAGAAUCGAGAAAAGCACUGGACUCCGCUCAUCAAGACAUCAAAAGAGGUGCUCAUGACGGAGAACAAUGACUUCAAGGCUCCAAGGCCUAUGACGAACAAGAAGGGGCAGGACCCCAACCUGUACUGUGACUUCCACAAAGAUAUAGGUCAUCUGACAGAUGACUGUAUCAGCUUAAGGCAAGAAAUUGAAAAAGCGCUGAAAAGCGGAAAGCUAAGCCAUCUGGUAAAGAACGUGCGCAAAGAAACACGCCAGAUUCAGCGCAACGAUGAUGGAAGAGAGAAAAAGGUUAGACGCUUGGAAACACACAUGGUCAACGGACCAAGAUAUAGCGCAAGAGAUAAAGGCAAGCGACCAUUCAAACCGGCAUGGCAAGAGCAACAGGUCAUCUUCCCGGUAGUACGCGGGGGUCCACGCGCCACGCGCCCCGUCGUCAUUACCGGUAUUAUUGGUCAUUACGAAACAGAAUACGUAUUCAUUAAUCCGGGAAGUACUGCGGAUGUCAUCUAUGAGCAAUGCUUUAAUCAGUUUGACAAUGAAGAUAAAGCGAGACUUGAGCCAAUCGGCUACCCUCUGUCAGGAUUCUGCAACGAAAUGGUCUUCCCACUAGGCCAAAUCAGCUUCCCCUUCACGCUGUCUGACGGGAAACAUUCAAGAACCACAUUUGUCAACUUCAUGGUGAUGUCUGUCAAAUCAAGGCAUGAUGUUUUGAAUGGGAGAGAAACCCAAGGAGAGCUGAACAUGGUAACCUCCACACCCCACUCAGCUAUCGGGUUUCCAACUGAGACGGGUGUGGCGAUUAUAUAUGCAAAGAAAGAAGUAAUGUCAGCAGAGGAUGCACGCCCAACCAAAGCGGCGAAAGUUUCAACAACUGAACCAGAAAAGUGGGUUUUAAACCGCAAAUACCCAGAGCAAACGAUGACGAUAGGCCACGCGAUCUCACCAAACAUCAGAACGCACCUCAAACAACUUUUGUUCAGGAAUAUGGACAUUUUCGCCUGGACUCCGGCAGAUAUUACCGGUGUCCUGCGCGACGUUACCGAGGUUUGGUCUUAG